UUGGAUUACUCAGCAAUGCAAUUGAAGAAGAUAAUAAUAGAGUCUCAUAUUUGAUGCAAACGGCAGAGAUUUUGGCCGAGAUUGAGUUAUUUUACCUAUUACCAAAUCAGAGACGUUGGCAAACAUGGUUUCCUGAAGUAAUACAUUAUUAUGCCGAUGCUGAUAAGACUCGAGAAGAAAUUCAAAGAUUGAUUAAAGAGGGUGAAUGGGAUACAAAGGAAUUCACAGAGAUGCGGAAUGAUUUAUUAAAAGUACUUAAAAUUAAACAUAAUCCUAUUGAUAAUGAGGCAAUAAUGGAGAAAUUAAAAUCUCAUGAUGAAAAAUUAGAAAAAUUAGAAAAAUUAGAUAAUUAUGUUAGUUUUAUAA